AUGAGUUUCGUUGACAUAAGAUUUAAGGAACUCCUUAAGUGUGGAGUGACUGCGCUCAAGUGCACCUUGCGUUUGAGGAUGGAGAACCUUGCGAACGUUUCAAUUAUAAAAAAGCAGAGUGGUCAAAGUUCCAGGCUGAAACAAAAAAAAAAGUUUGAAAACUUCACAAUUGAUACAUCAAAUUUACUUGAUACGUAUGAAAACUUCUGCAACACACUUCUAGAAAUAAGGGAAGACAGUAUACCUAUAAUUUCCAAACCUAAUGUGUUUGCUAUGAGAAAACCAGUUCCUUGGUGGGACGCGGACUGUUCGGAAGCUGUAAAGAAAAGUAAAAAUGCUUUAAGAUUUUACAAAUUAAAUCCUACAAUAGAAAAUUAUAUAGAAUAUAAAAAGAUUGAUGCCUUCAAAAAGAGGUUAAAUAGUGAAAAAGGCGUUGGCCCCAUCCAAUCAAGGAGAGAUUCCACUCCGGGAUUGGAUGAUAUUCCAUACAAACUUAUUAGCAAUGGACAAAAAACUAUUUUAAAAAUAUUUAAUAUGCUUUGGGACAAUCAAUGUAUUCCAAAGUCUUGGAAAACACAAUGUGUGAUACCUAUUUUAAAGCCUGAUAAACCAGAACAUGACUUCAACUUCUACAGAUUUCGUAUACAUCCUUGGCAGUAUUACUCGAUUGUCGCUCGCGAUUAUGGAUUCAAAGGCUCUGAAAACGAUCUAAAACCCCGUUUACUUGAAAGCUAUAAAGCUGUUUGGAAUGAAUAUCCAAACUUUGGUAAAGGCCUUAUUUCAUGGGAAGACUGGUGGAAUCAUGUCGUAAAAAGAACAUUUAAAGGUCAGCUUCCAAAAAGUGCUGAUGUUAAUUGUCUUUGCGAUAAACUCAUAAAUGAUUUCAAAACAGCAAAAUGUUGGCGUUUAGCAGAAGGGGCUGAUAAAAUACUUAACAUGUUAAGAAAUCAAGGUAUUUCUUUAGGAGUUAUUUCCAAUUUUGAUCCUCGACUCGUUGAGAUAUUACAGAAUAUGCAUAUAUAUAAUAAAUUUCAUUUUGUCCUAACAUCUUUUGAUAUUGGAUGUCCAAAACCAGAUAAAAAAAUUUUUGACCAUGCAUCAAUUGCAUAUGAAAAUGUUCAUCCUAGGGCUUGUCUUCACAUAGGAGAUGACAUUGAAAAAGAUUAUAAAGCAGCUAGAAAUGCAGGGUGGCAUGCUUUACUAGUAUCAAAUCAAAAGUUAAAAGAUAAGUCAGUUGCAGCAAAACAUGUAUUUGGAAACUUAUAUGAAUUACAUGAUGCUAUUUAUAAUGAUAAAGUAAAACUGUAA